CACGUGGCUGUCGCGUAUAAAGAGGCAGGUCCUUGUGGGUUUUAUGAGCGGCAGCAUCUGCACAGCUGGGUCAGGGGAGGAGGCUAGAGUCAGUCCGGAACAGCACGCGCCAUCGCUGCAUAGAGCACGCAGUAGCUCAGACAUGGCAGCAGAUCAAGCUUUUGUCACCCUGGCUACGAAUGACACUUAUGUGAAAGGAGCGCUGGUGUUGGGAUCAUCUCUCCGACGACAUAACACUAGGAAUAAGCUGGCUGUGCUUAUAACUCCACAGGUCUCUGACUCCAUGAGAAAAGUACUGGACAAAGUCUAUGAUGAUGUUCGAGUGGUGGAUGUCUUGGACAGUGAGGAUUCUGCAAACCUGGCUUUAAUGAAACGACCUGAAUUGGGAGUCACACUGACAAAAAUACACUGUUGGACCCUUACAGAAUAUUCAAAAUGUGUAUUCAUGGAUGCAGACGCUAUGGUUUUGUGCAACGUCGAUGAGCUUUUUGAAAGAGAAGAGCUGUCUGCAGCACCGGACCCAGGCUGGCCUGACUGCUUCAACUCUGGAGUGUUUGUUUUUACACCAUCUUUUGAAACCUACAAUAAACUUCUGCAGUUGGCAACGGAAAAAGGCAGCUUUGACGGUGGGGACCAGGGAUUGCUGAACACAUUUUUUAAUACUUGGUCGACAAAAGAUAUAAACAAGCAUCUCCCUUUUGUGUACAACCUCAGCAGCGUUUCCUUGUACUCCUACCUUCCAGCAUUCAAAGCAUUUGGCUCCAAUGCGAAGGUGGUGCAUUUCCUGGGGAAACUUAAGCCUUGGAACUAUACAUAUAACAGUGAAACAAAAAGCGUGAGCAGCGAUGUACAUGAUCAAACUCUGAUUCACCCAGAUUUCCUGAACCUCUGGUGGGACAUCUACACUACUAGGAUCGUCUCUCUGCUAACACAAGAGGGAGCAGUUAAAGAAGAAACAACUGCCCUACAAGUGCUGUCGGGCUUGGUCUAUUCACUGGCUUACUCUUGUCGCUUCUGUAGAGAGGAGGAGGUUAAAGAAGCGGUGGUACAGAUGUCAAUCUCGCACUCUCCUCCAUCUGCAUCUUCAGAGGAACGCAGGGAAAGAUGGGAACAGGGCCAGGUUGACUACAUGGGAGAGGACUCGUAUGAAAACAUCAAAAAGAAGCUUGACUCUUAUCUCCAAUAGAACUUCUUCUCUUGCAUUAAGAACGUGUUCAAGAGCUAUUCAUUGUCUAGGACAGCGUUUUGUCUGUUAAUUGCUAGGAGCUUUACGAAGACCAUUGUUCCCACUGUCUGUGGGGAAAGUUUAAAUAUGGGUAAACUGUUACAAAUCCAGUUAAUGUGCCAUUUUUCCCUUUUUAGCUGUAGCUAGAGGGUAGUUGUGGCUUUAAUGGGAUUAAUAGUUUUAGAUCUGGUUUGAAACUUGAAUAACCCCUAAGUGGUAAUUUUAACCCCAACAUACACUUGGAAUUCUCCACCUUGCUUUAAGCAAUAGCAAAUGCUCCCACGCUGUUCCAUGUGAUCCAUCUUGGUUUGUACUGGUUGUGUAAGCAAUGGCAGUUUGCUUCUCCAGGGUACCCACAAAGUUGUCCUUUGUCCACAUCUGCAAACUGUCUUAGCAUGAACAUUUCUGCUCCUAAACUCGAGACUCUGGAAGCAGCACCAAGUGCACUGCCAACACACAUUGGAAUGCUUCUUGUUCAGUUCUGUAGCCAUAAAGGCUAAUUUACAGUACUACACUUUUUUUUUUCUGAACUAACAUGGCACUUCAGAAAUAAACUGAUCCCAAAUCA